CUAAUCCUACGAUAAAGAUAGUUAGGAAAACCCUGACUUUAAUGGUCACUUGGAGGUUCAUCUGGGGUGCAAGACAGCAAUGAGGCAUGUUGUCUAACAAAGUGGUCUUUGUUAGAAAGGAACUGUCCUUCUGUGGUACAUCAUAAAAACAGCAAGGCCAAACAGCAAGCAUAUAUUGCAGUAAUAUUGCAGUAAGGCAUUGAUUAGAAAACGCAUGAUAAAAUAUAUAUACAUUUUUCUAACAGUUCCUCUGUCAAGGUGAGGAUGCCAAACAAGAAGUAUCUUUGAGUCCCUCAACAGACCCCCAAAUCUUAGCGAAUGCGGUUAGGAGCGUAGAUGAUUGGUUUAGGGUCACUACGGGAGUCACCGCUGUAAACAAUAAUUGGCUUUUGAUGGCGGAACAAGCUGCUAAUGCAACUGGUGAAGAUUGUGUGGUCUGUCUCGAAGCAAGAGUAGUGUUAAAAGUUGUUCCAGCUGCAAUAGAAUCAGCAUGUGUUUUACAGGUGUCGACCCAGUCCAGGACCAGUGGCGACUGUUUGAUUUAUAAUGAUAUUUUCCCAGUCGCGGGCUUGGAGAAAAGAAAGCCCAUUUUUGAUAGCCAUGUGACUCAGCAAAUUAUGACAUGUUUAAAGUUAAAGGAAAACGGCAUAAGUAUUGGGACAAUAGAUCACACAUGGUGCAGGAUAAAUUUGUCUCUGAAUGUCCCCUCUCCUCUCUCUCGUGCAGACCUCUGGUUGUGGUGUGGUGACAACAAAUUAUAUGAUCGCUUGCCGAAGAAUGCAUCAGGUAUCUGUGCCCUUGUGUCUUUGAUAAUGCCUGUGGUGGUUGUCCCCAUUGAAAUACAGAAUCUCAAUUGGAACAUGGAGUUCCCACUGGCGGGGCUUCUGAGGCGAGCCAAAAGAGACGUUUUGCCCCCACGGUUGAGCAACAACGAUCCAACAUAUAUUGACGCUAUAGGAGUGCCCCGGGGUGUGCCAGAUGAGUAUAAACUCGCUAAUCAAGUGUCCUCGGGAUUCGAAAGCAUUUUCUUAUGGAUCACCCUCAAUAAAAAUGUUGACCGUAAUAAGUACGUUCAUUACAAUGUCCAACGACUGGGUAAUUAUACAGCUGAAUCAUUUGCAGCGGUCCAUGAACAAUUGGCCGCAACGUCAUUGAUGUCGUUCCAAAAUAUAAUUGCGUUGGACAUGCUAUUGGCUAAGGAACAUGGUGUGUGCGGAAUGUUUGGUGAUGCAUGUUGUACUUUCCUCCCCAACAACACCAGGGGGCCGACUGACCCAGGCGCUGGAAGGACUAAGGACACUGAACAUAAAGAUGAAAGAUCAUUCAGGUGUACGCACCGAUAUUUGGUCCGAUUGGAUGAAAACAUUCGAAAACUGGAAAGGCCUCAUCAUGUCUGUGCUUGUUGCUGUGGCUAUUUUUACUACAAUAAUGAUUUUAUGCGAUUGUUGCUGUAUUCCAUGUAUUAGAUCACUCACUGUUCGGUUGAUCGAGAAAACCAUUGGCCCGUUGUCACCGAAUGGCCAAUACACCCUGGUGACUCAGCAUGAGCCACGGGGGGAAGAAAGGACCGACAGUGUGCUUGUUGCUGCUUGCUAGAGUAACCGACACCUGUGCUGAGCAGGGGAAAACCCAAACGAGGAGGAGAUGACCAUCAACCAUCGACCCAUCACCACACAAUAUUUUGCAUGCUUGAAUAUUCCUAUUGUGUUUCUUUAAAACUGGGCACUCGGAAGAACGUGUUGUCUUUGAUGGUCACGAAGGCACACAAGUUUUUGUGUUAAGGACCCGAGACCCAGGCGCCUGUAUUAGCUUGCUUUGUCAGGAUUAAACAAUUGGUAAAUUCGGCCUAA